GGUCGGCCGGCGUAGUCUCGCCCGGGAGAGCGCGCGAAGGAAAGAGAGAGAGAGAAAGGGAGACGGAGUGCGACGUUACUCGCACUGGGCGAUCGAGCGUGGCACCAGAGAAGCGACAGAGAGCGAGAGAAACCGGCUGAAUCGCAGUGGCGGAUUAUAGGACACGGAAUUUGAACUAAUUUCGAGACUUCCCGUCGCUGGAUGCGACGAGAGGAUCGAGCGCCUCCGCGUUGGAGAUCCGCCCCGAGCCCCGAGCCGCCCGAAAAUCGGAGGGCGCUGACGGCCUCGGCGCGGUAAUCCGCCACUGGUCGGGAUCGACGCAGCGGGCAGCAGCGGGUAGCAGCAGCGGGCGAGGAAAGGCGAGGGAGAAGGACGGAUAUACCUCGCGGGACGCGCACGGAGGUGGUCGCACACGGGGCGGGCCGGUCGGUCUCACCACUUCGCGGAGUGUAUUUUUUUUCUUGCGCCGCGCGUAAUCGCGAGGAGGAGAGCGACUGACAGGCAGAGAAGGACGGGCGACGAGGCGGCGAAGGUUGCGACUGACGAGAAAGACGGAGUGAGAGAGAGGGAGCGAGAGAGCAGGACAGCGAGAUCGUCCGAUUGACGGGCUCGACGGAUACCGAUGCCGGUGGCUGUUGGACCGCGUGGUCUCGCGAGGAUGCUCCGUCAGUGAUCGCCACUCCGUCCGACAGCGGUGUACAUUGUUGUUGUUAUUGUCGUUGAUCGAUAUUCUCGCGAGAAGAAGAGAAGGCGCCAAAGAGAGAGAGAGAGAGAUAGAGAUAGAGAGAAGAAACCCGGCGAGGGGGCGAGCGAGCGAGGGAGAGGCAGGGAGAAGAAACUGUCGCGGCAGGAAGCACCGCGAGAGGUUGGCAACGGUGGUGGUGUGCCCGCUCUGCCGCUGGGGUGGUGGUGGAGGUGGUGGUGGUGGUGGUUCGCCGUGACACAGUGGUGGAACGGAGGCACGAAGGACACGACCGUGAGAGAAGAAAAGAGGGUUGUUAUGGGGCGAGAAUCCCGUGGCGUGUUGCUGCUCGUCGCGCUGGCCGUGCUGGCAGCCGCGGACGCCUUCUCGACCGACAGUAAACUAGCUUGUCCUUUGCGGCAGUUCCGAUGUGCCAAUGGCAGAUGCAUACCGAUCUCGUGGGUCUGCGACAAAGCGGACGAUUGUACUGACAAUUCCGACGAAAGCCCGGAGGAAUGCAAAAACACCCAGGAAUGCAAGGACACGGAGUUCAAGUGCAGUAACGGCAGAUGCAUACCCAAUAUAUGGCAUUGCGACGGCGAUCGAGAUUGCCCGGACGGCACUGACGAGGACCCCGCUGUCUGCAGGACCAAGACCUGUACGCCGGAACAAUUCACAUGCCAUUCGGGAAAUGGCGAGUGCGUGGCAUUAACAUGGAUGUGCGACGACAACCCCGACUGUUCGGACGGUUCAGACGAGGCUGAGUGCAACGACACUUGCCGGUCGGACGAGUUUACCUGCGCGAACAAGCACUGUAUCCAACAGCUGUGGGUCUGCGACAACGACAACGAUUGCGGGGACAACAGCGAUGAGAAAGGUUGCGGGCCGGUAACGUGUCAUCCUGGCACUGAUUUUGCGUGUUCCGAGAAUUAUUGCAUAACGUCGCGAUGGAGAUGCGACGGCGACUACGAUUGUCCCGAUCGAUCCGACGAAAUAGGAUGCAAGGAUAUCCACGGGAAGAAGACGAGCCACUGUGACAAGGAGUUCGAUUGCGACGAUGGUGUUACUUGCAUCCAUCAGACUUGGGUAUGCGACGGCGAAAAGGACUGUCCUAAUGGUGCGGACGAAUCCCCACAGAGAUGCCACAAUGUGACUUGCAGACCCGAUCAAUUUCAAUGCGAAGAUCGACGUUCUUGCAUCUCGGGUCAUCUAUACUGCAACGGUAAAGCCGAAUGUGCCGACGGAAGCGACGAGAAGAAUUGCACGAGCAAAAUCAUAAGCUGCGAUCCGCGAAUUCAGUUCCAGUGCAGCGAGGGCUCGUGCAUUCCUUUGGAAAACGUUUGCAACAAAAAUCCAGAUUGCAUCGGGUGGGAGGAUGAGAGCGCCGAGCUCUGCGGCGUGAACGAGUGUGCAAAAAACAACGGUGGAUGCUCGCAGAUUUGCGUCGAUUUGCCUAUUGGUUAUCGAUGCGAUUGCCGUGCAGGCUAUAGGCUCAUCGACAACCGCACAUGCGAUGAUAUUGAUGAAUGCUUGGAACCGGGCAGCUGUUCUCAGUUUUGCCAAAAUGAAAAGGGUAGCUUCAAAUGCAGCUGCGCCACCGGUUAUCUUAAAGAUCCGCGGAAUUUAACACGUUGUAAAGCCGCGGAGGGUCACGCAAGUCUGUUAUUUGCCCGUCGACAUGAUAUCCGGAAAGUAGCUCUAGACCGUCAAGAGAUGACCGCUAUCGUUAAUAAUACUAAAAUGGCAACGGCUUUGGACUUUGUUUUUCGCACUGGAAUGAUUUUCUGGAGCGACAUUAGUGAAAAGAAAAUUUACAAAGCUCCAAUAGAUGAAGGAAAUGAGCGCACAGUCGUUAUCGAAAACGAUUUCACCACAUCAGAUGGAUUGGCAGUUGAUUGGAUUUACAGUCAUAUUUAUUGGACAGACUCUGGGAAAGAUACCAUCGAAUUGGCCAAUUUCGAAGGAAAUAUGAGGAAGACUUUGAUACGAGAUCGCAUUCAGGAACCUAGAGCAAUAGCACUGAAUCCAUUGGAGGGUUGGAUGUUUUGGACAGACUGGAGCGACGAGGCUCGUAUUGAACGAGCCGGCAUGGACGGCACUCAUCGAUCGGUGAUUGUCGGUAAUGAUGUCAAGUGGCCUAAUGGCUUAACUUUAGACUUGAUUGGCAAGAGAGUAUAUUGGGUAGACGCAAAACUAAACAUCAUAGGUUCCUGUAAUUACGACGGUACGGGCAGACGAACGGUUUUGUACUCUCCCGAUAGCCUUAGGCAUCCCUUCAGUAUAACGACUUUUGAGGAUUACGUGUACUGGACCGAUUGGGAUAAGGAAACGAUCUUUAAAGCUAACAAAUUCACCGGCAAGGAAGUAGAACCCGUAACGUCGAUCAGAACGCUUCAGCAUCCGAUGGUAGUCCAUGUAUAUCAUCCUUACAGACAGCCUGAUGGAAUGAAUCAAUGUCAGGCUGUCAAUGGACAUUGCAGCCAUCUGUGUUUGCCCGCGCCUAAAAUCAACUCUAGAUCACCACUAUUGUCGUGCGCCUGUCCUGACGGCUUACGGUUAUUACCCGAUGGAUUGAUGUGCGUGGAAAAUGUUACUACGACCAUAGCACCGUCCACGCAAGCACCCAUGAUGCCGUUCCAGAGGCUCAAGCCUCUGAAUGUUACAACAACUGCCAAUCCACUAUCCUCAGCAGAUGCAGAUGGAAAGAGAAAUUUAGCAACUGAAUCAACAGAUCCUGGUUUAGUCGCCGGCAUCGUAAUAGGCGUAGUGACCUUAGGACUGUUAUUACUCGCACUGGUUGCAGUACUGUGCUACAGGCAUUAUCUUCAUCGUAAUGUUACUAGCAUGAACUUCGAUAAUCCCGUCUACAGAAAGACUACUGAAGAUCAAUUUAGUCUUGAGAAAAAUAGAUUCCCGCUUCCUGCAGCUACAGUUGGAGAGGAGGCUCAAGAACCAUUGACAAGUCCUGGAACAAAUGAUUAUGUUUAAGGCUCAGUCUGUCAAUAUAAAGGGUUUAAACAGGCUACUGAAGUACUAUAUCGACCAAGUGAUAAAACCAUGUAAAGAAAGAUGAGGUAUUUGCGUUGAAAGAGCCUGUCCAAACGCAUCAUGCCUGCGCUCGCUCGCAAGCCUGCCAACCAACUGUGAUUAUGUUAAUUUCUUUUGUAUCUAUUUCUUUACAAACUUUAGCACUUUGUCACUCAAAUAUAUGUAUAUUAUGCGCGCAACAUUUAGAUUUGCUCUAGGACGUAAAGGGAGAAAUAUCUCAAGAAACUUGCCAAAUAACCGAUCUUAUCUUCAUGUAGCCAAAUAGUUUGCUAAGGUCUUAAGAUUCCUACUUAACAGUUUUCCUAUUAAGUAACAUAAUUUGUAAUAUAAUACUUUUUAGAUCGAUUUAGCAUGGCCUGGCGCAUGUGGCGUAUGAUUUUACAUACGCUAUGUAUAUUAAGAAUAUUAACUUGUUAUUGUUUAAUUAUUUAUUCAGAGAUAUGCAAUGGACAUUUUUUGGGUAGAAUUUCUGCGUAAGAUAUUACUUUUUUUAGUAAUAAUAUCUUGCACAAGUCAUAUGUAAAUAAUGCGAAAAAUCUCAAUCGUGUAUUAUU